CCGCAGUCGAAGAAGAACCACAUUUGAGGAAUCAUGGCUUCCCCUGCUGGCUGUGAACAUUAUGUACGCAGCUGCUUAUUGAAAGCUCCUUGCUGUGGUAAACUGUACGUGUGUCGGCUGUGCCAUGAUGCUGAAGAGAACCACCAGAUGGAUCGAUUCAAAGUCGAAGAGGUGCAGUGCUCUGAGUGUCACACAGUGCAGCAGGCACAGCAAGCUUGUCAGCAGUGUCACGUGCAGUUUGGAGAAUAUUACUGCAACAUUUGCCACUUGUUUGACAAGGAUAAGAAACAAUACCACUGUCAGGCUUGUGGGAUAUGCAGGAUUGGGCCCAGGGAAAAUUAUUUCCACUGUGAGAAGUGCAAUCUGUGUUUAGCCCAGAAUCUGCGAGGAAAUCACAAGUGUGUUGAAAAUGUUUCAAGACAGAACUGUCCAGUGUGUAUGGAGGAUAUUCAUACGUCCAGAAUUAUGGCUCAUGUCCUUCCAUGCGGUCAUCUUUUACAUAAGACUUGCUUUGAUGACAUGGUCAGGACAGGAGCAUAUCGCUGCCCUCUGUGUAUGCACUCUGCAUGGAACAUGGAGGACCACUGGGACCAGAUAGACAAAGAGAUCUCCCAGUCCCCGAUGCCCACUGAAUACCAGGGUGCUACUGUCAAAAUUAUAUGUAAUGAUUGCCAAACCCACUGUACGGUGCCUUUCCAUGUGCUGGGGAUGAAGUGUAGCGGCUGUGGCUCCUAUAACACAGCACAGGAUGGAGGACUCAUCCAGCGGACUCAACAAGAACUGUCAGAGCAGCCAGACAGCGAGAACGAGGCAGAAACAGACACAGAGCCAGAACAGCAGGAUCAACCACAGUCAUCUACACCACAUUAGAUUUACAACCAAUCACAAUGCAUGAUAUUUUUACUCGGGACGUUUGUCUGCUACAGUUACUUAUAAUAGGUUGCAUUGAGUUUGAGAAUAGGAUCCAGUCUUCAGUUAUACAUAUUAAAGAAAAAACUCCAUACACAGAUGUAUUUUUUGGUAGCUGCUUAUCCCCCCUGCAGAGCAGAAACCUAUCCCAGCAUGCAGCUGGUGAGAUGAGUGAUGGACCCUCAAGGCUAAAUUCAACUGCAAGCCUAAAAGCCCUAUUCAGAUUUGUUUUCUCUCAGAUCUGACUGUAUUUGUUUGGCUGUUUAUGUUAUUUUUCAAAUGUGGUCCAGAACAGACUGGCAUGCACUAGGGGACAAUAGCAAAAAUGAAGGCCAAACUGGUGAUCUAUAACCCCCUGCAGAUGACCUGAGUAUAUCCUCUGAGGUUCUUAAGGUAAAAUGCUUAUGAAGGUAACUUCAGGUUUAACUGUUCUUUUGUUUGUUUUGUUUUCUAGUUCUAAGAAAAUGGUUUACUUCUUUUCAGGGUAGAUUACCAUAGCAACAGAUGUUUAAUACCUGAUCUGCUCCAGAGUGUCAACCUUUAUCAAACCCAUCCAUCGGCCAAUCACAUCCUUAGUUGAUCAUCACAAGGGAGGGGGGGAGAGACCAUCAAACAGUUUGUGUUUCCUGUAACUACAAAUGUAACCUUAAAUGCUUUUGUUAAAGCCUUUACAGUUAUCAUCCUACAGCAGAUUAAACAAGACACUAAAACCCUCUACCUUGUAUUAAAUGAAGAAUUUGAACUCUUUGUAGGUCCUUGUUCAUCUAAGUCAGUGGUCCCCAACCAUUGUUCCUUAGAGCCCCCCCUACUUGUUUCGAAGUUCAGCUGAGACCCACUAGAAUAUGAACAAAAAAUUUAGAGCGUCAUAUUGUUGCCAAAAAUCAACAUCUGUUUAAUUGUUUCAUGCAUUUUCUUACCAAAAGACCAUUGUAUAAACUGUUCAUUAAGUUCUUUAUCAUGAUUUUACUUAAUAUUUGCAAAUCUAAUUUUGACAACCUCAGAGCAGACAAAGCCCCCCGACCCGACCCCCCCCCCCAGGCCCAGGUGGGGAACCACUGAUCCAAGUCAUGAUUAUCUAAGUCUUCAUCAAGUGGGCAACUGGACUUGAUUCAGGUUCCUGAAGACAUUUCGCCUCUCUUCUAAAGGCUUCUUCAGUUCUAAUGUGACUCAGCAGCAGUGGCAUGGUUCUUGUAGGGACAGCUCAGGACUGUCAGUCCUUUUCAGUCCCAGCUCUCCUCUUGAUCAGGUCCAAUGUCCAGAGGGAGCAGGAGUGGCAAAGGAGGAAGUUAAUCAGGUUAUCUUCAGUCAAAGUUCACAAUCACCUCAAUAAUUAAACCUGCUUUUUGUGGGUUUUUUUUCUUUAUUUUUUGGUGGUUUUGUGUUACAUUUCUGUAUAAAAUAAAAUAAAUAUCACUCUUAAAAUAAAGAUCCUCUUAAAUGCCUUGUAAAGCCCCUUAAAACUCCUCUCUGAAAUACCAUUAUCAUCUUAAUUUAAUAAAAAAAUGCAUGCGAAAUCUAAAAACAAGUUUAUUUAAUCCCCCUUCUAAAACAAUAAACGGUUCAGAAGUCUUGUCUAAAAGUAAUGAAAUAAAACUCGUAAUAAUCCACCUAAAAACCUGUAAACAUGCUAAAAAUGUCCUCAGUUAAAAUAAAUGCAGAAAAUUAGAAUUAAGUCAAUCCAGAGUGACUGGGGCCAAAGUUGGAGUUUAUAGCCUCUGUUGUCCAUCCAUGUGCUAAUGAUCUGGGUGAUCACCUGAAAGUCAUUCACAGCUGAGUCACCUGGGUCACAGUUUCACCUGAGGGCGUGUCCUCCUGGGCGUCUUCAGGUUUGCCAGUUCUGUGUUCCAGUUUGGACUGCUGCCAAAAGGAAUUCAGAGCUGCGCUGUACCUUUGUUCGAGAACUGUCUUUGAACAGACAUGGCAGACUAAGACACUUCUUAUCCCCUACAUACAGUGCAGCUCUGGAUUUCUUUGGCCAGCAAAACAUCUUCAAGAAGCUGAAUCAAGUCCAGUUGCCCCCUUGCUGAAGAUUUGGAUAAGCAUUUGAACUUUCAGUUAUAUUUUCAUGUUCAUUUCACAAAUCUCAUACUAAUCCCAUGAACCAUCAGAGCUGGAGCUGAAAUAGCAUACCUUAAGAUGUCAGGCACACCAGAAAUUAUUAACUAAAUGGAAGAAAAGUCGUCGAUACAUUCUAAUCUAUUGUGAUCUAAGGGAUAUUGUGAGCACCAGAUCUUUUUCUGCCACUUGUCUGGCUUUAGCUGUGUGAUCUUGGUCUGGAUUGUAUGUUUAAUUCCUUUUUGUUUCCUUGGAGCAUUCAGACCUGGAUGUUGAGAAUUAAGUGGCAUUGCAAAAGUCCAGCCUCUGAUCUAGAUGUCAAAUUAUAGUAGCCCAAAUCUCAUAUGACACUGUGCUGCUCACAUUGUCAUAACAAUAUCAGAUCUAUAUUACAUGCAGUAUGAAUGAAGCCUGAAAGUUCCCAGUGUCUAACACACUGAGGACGAGAAUUGGACUAUCUGACCACCCAAGAUGUUUUCUCUUUUAAGUGUUGCUGGAGGUUGUAAAAAAUCUAAUUUACUGCUUCUUGGUUUAGGGACAGUGUCAAAAAUGGAAGUUUUCUCUGUAAGACAUUGUGCAAAAAAGGGUGUGUUGCGUUGUCAUCCUGUACUCUAUCUGCACUGCUCCACCCACCUACACAGAGUAUAAAAACGUGCAUGAUGCAAUGAAAUCUUAUCAUGGAGGCAGUAAUUGCUGUGCUCCUUUCUUGGUACAGCUGCUGUGACAAGGCCCUUUGAAUAAGAAGGAUGUAAGUAAUGCAACAACCAAUAAAAACACUGUUUACUAAAAACAA